AUUACCCCCGAUUCCCAUGCAAUUGCAGACCUCCAGAUGCGAGGAUGCUUGCAGUUAGCCAGAUGGCUGAGCGCAGCGCCCAAACGCCCAGCUGCGAGCCUUUUUAAGGCGCCAUCCGGCUGUAUCAACGCCCGGCCUUUCACCACUUCCGCUGCUUAUUGGGCCUCGAAAACCUCCAAAUCCUCCAAAUCCUCGAGCAGUCACUCGUUUUCUGACCUGGAGCACCGCAUCGCGGAGAUCCCUAUCGAAAGAUACCGGAAUUUCUGUAUCGUGGCGCAUGUCGACCAUGGGAAAAGUACACUUUCCGACCGACUCCUCGAACUCACGGGUACGAUUCAACCCGGCACGAACAAACAGGUCCUCGAUAAGUUAGACGUCGAACGAGAACGAGGAAUUACGGUCAAGGCGCAGACAUGCUCUAUGAUAUACAACCACAACGGGGAGGAUUACCUCCUGCAUCUCGUCGAUACGCCGGGGCAUGUGGACUUCCGCGCGGAGGUGUCGCGCAGUUACGCCAGUUGCGGGGGCGCCUUGUUGCUGGUCGAUGCUAGCCAAGGUGUCCAGGCACAGACGGUCGCGAACUUUUACCUCGCUUUCGCCCAGGAUCUGGAACUGAUCCCGGUCAUCAACAAAGUCGACCUACCUUCAGCGGAUCCGGAGCGGGCCCUCGAGCAGAUGAGGUCCUCCUUCGAGCUUGAUACGGAGAACGCGGUGAUGGUCUCAGCGAAGACGGGCUUGAACGUCGAGCAGUUGCUUCCCACGGUGGUGGAAAAGAUCCCUGCCCCGGUCGGUUACCUCGACAAGCCUCUCCGAAUGCUCCUGGUCGACUCGUGGUACGACCCGUACAAAGGCGUGAUCUGUCUGGUCCGCAUAUUCGACGGCGAAAUUCGAGCCGGUAACCACAUCAUAUCUUUCGUCACAGGCAUUAAAUACUACGUGGGAGAGGUGGGCAUCAUGUACCCCAACGAGACCCCCCAGUCGGUUCUCCGCGCGGGCCAGGUUGGAUACAUCUACUUCAACCCUGGAAUGAAACGGAGUCAGGAGGCCAAGAUCGGUGACACCUACACGCACGUCGGGAUGCAAAAGCUCGUUGAGCCGCUUCCCGGCUUCGAGGAGCCCAAGUCCAUGGUGUUUGUGGCCGCGUAUCCCGUGGACGCCGACCACUUUGAGCAUCUGGAAGAUAGCAUCACCCACCUCAUGUUGAAUGACCGCAGUAUCACCGUGCAGAAGGAGUCCUCCGAGGCUCUCGGUGCCGGAUUCCGACUGGGAUUCUUGGGGACGCUGCACUGCUCGGUGUUCGAAGACCGUCUGCGUCAGGAGCACGGAGCCAGCAUCAUCAUCACCCCGCCCUCGGUGCCUGUAAAGGUCCUCUGGAAGGAUGGCAAGGAGGAAGUCAUCACCAGCCCCGCUCGUUUCCCCGAGGAGGACGACCUGCGCGCCAAGGUGGCCGAGCUACAAGAACCCUACGUUCUGGCGACUCUCACCUUCCCGGAAGAGUAUCUCGGCAAGGCGAUUGAACUGUGCGAGGCGAACCGCGGCGAGCAGGAGAGCCUGGAGUACUUCACCUCGACGCAGGUGAUCCUGAAGUACCAGCUCCCCAUGGCGCAGCUGGUCGACGACUUCUUCGGGAAGCUCAAAGGCUCCACGAAGGGUUAUGCCUCGCUCGACUACGAGGAGUCCGGGUGGCGGCGCAGCAACAUCGUCAAGUUACAGCUCCUGGUCAACAAGGCCCCCGUCGACGCGGUCGCGCGCAUCGUCCACACCAGCCAGGUCGACCGGUUGGGACGGCAGUGGGUGACCAAGUUCAAGCAGCAUGUCGACCGACAGCUCUUUGAGGUUGUCAUCCAGGCCGCCGUGGGACGCAAGAUCGUGGCGCGAGAGACCAUCAAGCCCUACCGGAAGGACGUUCUGGCCAAGUUGCACGCGGCCGAUGUCAGUCGACGACGGAAGCUGCUGGAGAAGCAGAAAGAAGGCCGAAAGAGACUGCGGGCAGUUGGGAACGUCGUGAUUGAGCACAAGGCGUUCCAGGCAUUUUUGGCCAAAUAGUGUAUAGUGAAUAUGUGUGUAUCAUAAUGGAGUUUUUGAGUUCACUUGCGAUGUAGUAUAUCCCCGACCAUAUAUGCGGACUACAUCAGGCACUU